AUGCAAAAACUGACGGAGCGCAUAGACGACGCGAUAUACCGAGAGGUCGACACGGUUCAACCAGAAUCGUCUCUCCAGAGUGAUCAGAAGAGGCUCUAUAAAUCAUUGGAGCGACCAAUAGUAAGUGGAACGGGCCCAGCACCAAAUCAGGCCGACACGGUCGCAUUCUGUCGCAGCCUGUGGUCAGAGCCCGUAAACCACAACGUGCGGGUAUUAGUGUGCGGGUAUUACGCCCAUGGACCCCGUCAUCAUAACGCCGGAUGA